AUGAUAAUCGGCAUCUCCACGACCCUAGCGCUUCUUACGAUCAACGCUGAGGCUAUACGUAACAGUACCAGUAAUAAUCAGUUCCGUGGCACCAUACAGGCUUCUGCCCAGCAGCCCCCUAUGAAUGGCACUUCUUUUCUCGAGGAGACCUCAGGGGUGUCGGAGGUCGCUUACGGCCAAGGACGCUACUUUAACGUGCAAUGCAUGGAGAGCCACUGUGGGGCUCAGCUGAACGACUGCUUAGAUGAAACCGAUGAGAGUAUUGACCCUGCGUAUAACAGAGAUAAGAAGGAGAUUCAUGAGUCACAGUGUGGGAUUAUUCUCACUUGUUUGUGGCAUGAAGAGCAGCAAGAGGAGACGAAGGAGAAAACGGAGGAUCAAGACAGCUCGGGAAAGCUGUCCCCGCUGGCAACCAAGGCGCUGGCGUUCGCCCGGUCGGCUCGACGAAUGCAAGGCGCUGAUCAUUGCACUGAUGGGAUCACUCCUCUUGAUGAGUCUAGGCUUGAGGGAAGUCUUAUGAAAUGCGCGACCGAUUUCGGUUGCCAACGAACGAAAACAGCUGAUCCGGCGGAGCAAGCCGCUGGGGGAGUCAUCCCUGGGGAGAAGAAGGUCAUUCAGGAAGUUGCUCAGGGAAAGUCUAUGGUUGAAAUUGAAUCGGCGGAGAUGAGGCCAGCGAUGAUCAGUUUCGAGAGCAUCGACACUGAUUGUCUGCAAAAUACUUGCAACUAUGAGCUGGGGAAUUGUGACCAAG